CAAAUCUACUCCGUUAUUCUCUCUCCAGGUUGGUGGACUCCCCAUCAAACUCUUGUUGAACCAUCAGCAAAUUCCUCAAGAGCCACGUCCUUUCUCUCUCUCUUCUCCCUUCAGUGCCCCUCAUCAAAUUCCAAAGGAGAGAGAGAGAGAAGAAACUAGAGAGAGAAAGAAGAGCAUAGAUGAUUCAAACCCAAAAUAGCAUAAAAAUGAUGAAAUUCAGGUAAAAGGAACUCUGUAUUUCCAAUUCUCUAGUUGGGUUCUUUGUUCAAGCUCCAUUAAUGGCCACCACUCCGCUCAAAGCUGCACAUGAGCCUUCGUUCUCUCUCCUCUCUUCUAGUUUUUCGUCUUCUCCUUCUCUCUCUACAUUAAUUCGGAUCAAAACUCGAAACACCCAAAAAGGAUUUGGGGUCAAAUUGGGUUUUGGAAUCGGGUGUUUGAAGGCAGGGUCUGAGGAUUUUGGAAGGUUUGGAGAGAGAAAGGAGGGUAUUUCAUGGAAGAGUGAGAAGGGUAGAGAGAGAAACAAUGGGAGGGCCAAUGCACAGAAGAUCGAGACGGGGUUUUUCAGAGAGCCUGUGUCUGAGAGGAUCAAAGUGGUGGCGUUAAUGGCCUGUGUGAUGUGCCUCUGCAACGCGAACAGGGUUGUCAUGUCUGUCGCCAUUGUUCCUCUUGCUUCUCGCUAUGGUUGGGAUAGCACUUUCUUGGGGAUCGUCCAGUCUUCAUUUCUGUGGGGAUACCUUGUUUCAUCAGUUGCCGGAGGGCUAAUGGCCGAUAAAUACGGCGGCAAGAGGGUGAUGGCGUGGGGCGUGGCCGUAUGGUCCCUGACUACGUUCCUGACCCCAUGGGCCGCAGACCACUCAACCAUCAUGCUCCUCAUUGUCAGGACCAUCUUUGGACUUGCAGAAGGUGUUGCCUUACCUUGCAUGAACACCCUCCUAUCUAGAUGGUUUCCGAGCAACGAGCGAGCUAGUGCAGUGGGAUUAUCGAUGGCUGGAUUUCAUACAGGAAAUGUGAUUAGCCUGCUACUGACUCCUGUUAUCAUGUCAAAGGUUGGAAUUUCUGGCCCUUUUGCACUGUUUGGGAUCCUUGGUUUUGCAUGGCUCUCAGUUUGGAUUUUUAGAGUCACCAAUGAUCCUUCUGAUAAUCAACUGAUUACCCAAAGAGAGCUCAUGUUAAUCCAAGCUGGAAAGCCGAAGAUCUCGAAGACCGACGGCCGUGAUUGUUUGUCCAUACGAAGAUUGUUCUCGAAGCUUCCAACAUGGGCCAUCAUCUUUGCUAAUGUAACAAAUAACUGGGGAUACUUUAUUCUUCUUUCAUGGAUGCCAAUAUACUUCAAGACAGUUUUUGGAGUAAACUUGAAACAAGCUGCAUGGUUUAGUGCCAUCCCAUGGAGCAUGAUGGCCAUAUCAGGGUACAUUGCUGGAUCAAUCUCUGAUUUCUUGAUAGAAUUUGGCUACUCAGUCACCCUCGUUCGAAAGAUAAUGCAAUCAACUGGAUUCAUUGGUCCUGGGAUUUCAUUGCUUUGCUUGAACUUUGCCCAAACACCACAUGUAGCUGCAAUAUGGUUGACCAUGGCCCUCAGCCUAAGUUCUUUUAGCCAAGCUGGUUUUCUUCUCAACAUGCAGGACAUAGCACCUCUGCAUUCAGGAUUUCUCCAUGGGAUAGCAAAUUCAGUUGGUACAUUUGCAGCUAUUAUUAGUACAAUUGGGACUGGAUACUUUGUACAAUGGCUGGGAUCAUUUCAAGCUUUCCUCACAAUCACAGCAGUUCUCUACUUCAUCACUACCAUUUUUUGGAAUCUCUAUGCCACAGGGGAACAAGUAUUUUAGUGUCUUUAAGAUGACUAUGAUAGAGCCUAAAAUGUGUGCACAUGAGAUGGUAAAGUUAAUUCUUUUCAUUAUUUGGAAAUCCUUUUUCGUGUCCUCCUCCAUAAAUAAUAUAUAUAUAUAUUUAGAGCCUCAUAGUUGUUUGAUCUUGAUUGUAUGGAUGUCAGUGAGCACAGAAUAAAUAAUAAUGUACAUUGUUUAUGGUUCA